AUCGGUUGCGCCAAAAAGGGCACACCUGUUAUCUGCCUAUCCCUCGACUUUCACGCUGGGAAGCAGGAGAUUUGGCUCCGCGGCCCGUCUGCUGCAAUUAACGCCGCUUCCCGCACGCGCUCCCGCUCUCUUUCUCUUUCGCUUUCUCUCACCACACACACGCGCACACACUCUCUUUCGCUCUCUGCCUCUCUCUCGAGCUCGCUUUCUGUCUCUCUCUAGCGUCUCGAUCGCUCGUUCGCACUCGCCCACACUCCCACCCAACUUCGCUCUUUUCUUGUCUUGUUUUUUUUGCGGAUCGUUCCCAGCCCCCUUCUUUUGUUUCUCUCCUAAGCUUUUUCUGCAAACCGUGUGGAGUUGCGCAGGGCUGGGCGGCCAGGUCACGGCUUGUGCGCGAACGGACGGCACGCCCAGAGCUGAAACGGUAACCUCUCAGCAGUAGGGUUUCGGAACACUAACGCGACGCUGCCACCGAGGAAAGACUGUCACCACCACGAAGGGGACUCGGAACGUAGAGACGUCAACUCUGACGAUCAGCGCUUUCGUCUCUUCCUCAUUCCCAUCAUCCUGUCGUUUACGAACCUUUUCCUGACCAACAGCCGGGCGGAACGUGGCCCGCUGGCGAUCAUACGCUGCCGCUAAAGAGUCGGACCACGUUUUGAGCUCCGGUCAACUGCGACGGGCGACUUCAUCAUGGUUCUCGAGGACAAGUGGAUCGGCCUGAGUUUGGCGGUGACAAGCACGCUGGCUAUUGGCUCCAGUUUUGUCAUCACGAAGAAGGGCUUGAACGAGGCGAGCGACAGACAUGGCUUCGAGGGCGACGGCUUUUCCUACCUCAAGAGCCCGCUGUGGUGGGGGGGCAUCGUGACGAUGGUGGUAGGCGAGGUAGCAAACUUCGCCGCCUAUGCGUUUGCGCCGGCAAUUCUGGUAACGCCGCUUGGUGCCCUCAGUGUGCUCAUCGGUGCCGUUCUAGGUGCAUAUUUCCUCGGAGAGAGACUAGGCGUGCUGGGAAAGAUCGGCUGCGCGAUCUGCCUCACUGGCUCCGUCGUCAUCGUCUUGCACGCGCCCCCGGACAAGGAAAUCGAGACCAUUGAAGAGCUCCUUCACCUCGCCCUGCAACCGGGCUUCCUAUUCUACUGUGCCCUUGUUACCGUGUUCGCCCUUGUCAUGAUCUACCGCGUGUCCCCGCGUUACGGCAAGAAGAACCCUAUGGUGUAUCUGAGUAUAUGCAGCACCGUCGGCAGCGUGAGCAUCAUGGCCGUCAAGGCGUUUGGCAUCGCCGUUAAGCUCACGUUCGGCGGAAACAACCAGUUCACGCAUCCCAGCACGUAUGUCUUCAUGAUCAUCGUGGUCGUGUGCAUCUUGACACAGAUGAACUACUUCAACAAGGCUCUCAGCCAGUUUUCGACCAACAUCGUCAACCCACUUUACUACGUCACGUUCACAACCGCGACCCUUUGCGCAUCCUUCAUCCUCUUCCGAGGCUUCAACACGACGGACCCCGUGAACACAAUCUCCCUACUUUGCGGCUUCCUGAUCAUUUUCGCCGGCGUCUACCUACUCAACCUUUCGCGAGAGGAUCCAGACGGGCGCCGCUUACUUGGCCAGCCAAGCCCCGGCCUGAUCCACGGCUUUGAAGAUGCCAUUCCGACCGACAGUCUCACGGCAUUCGGCACGCGGAGAAGCAUGCAGGCACGGCGAAGCAGCGUGGAGACGCCACGAGGCGGACACAGCAGGCGAGUGAGCUGGGGGAGCAACGCCAGCCGGAACAGCAUGAGCAGGGAAGGAUUGAUGGACAAUUUUGGGCUGGAUGACCUGGCCGAAGAUAGCGAAGAGGACGAUAAAGGCAAGAAGCCCGACGACGAGGAGGCCUUGACGGGAAGCAGACAGAACGGUGCUGCUAGAUUAAGCGGCAGCGGGAGAGUAAGGGCUGGCGUCGAACAUCACAGCGUACGGCCGAGCAAAGGCGCCGGGCGUGGCUCGUAACGGAAUGCAUGACUUGAUCUAGAUUCAGGACGGGUUUGGGUGCAUAUGACAUGAUGGCCAUUGCUGUACAUAAGUCUUUUCUUUUCUCCUCACACCAUAUUUUUUUUUAGAAACAAAAGGGCCGGGAUAAGGAUGGGUAUAUGAAUAUUCUCGCAUCGAGAAGAUGCGGGCACUACUUCUGCCCCCUCUUCCUUUGAGGGUGGCUUUCAUUUGGAGUCAUGGCGGGGAACAUGUGCUUGGUUCACAGGACGCGUUGGCUUACGACUCCGGCGUGAUAGAAGGGAUGGCAUCCACAUGGAACAUUAUGGUAUCUGUACGACUAUGCAAAAUCAAGAUAUGCACUUCAGAUGCAAUUCCUGACG